GAGAAGGAUAUCAUCAUAAAAACAGGCGAUCACUCUCUACUGUACAUGUGUGCAAACACGAAACUUCCUCUAUAGACAAAAGACGCAGAGCAUGACGACAGGUCAACGCUGCUUGCCAAUCAACACGGAGGAUAUGACCCCGUGUUGAGAGCAGGCCCAAUGACCCUGAGACCAAACCGGAUGAGUCUUUUUAUAGCUGCCUUGAUCAGAUCUCAGGCCUCGUCUGUUACAUCAUGUCAGACAAGCUUUUAUAGCCGUCUUGUAGAUGCCUCUGCUGCGAUAAACUCUGCUGACCCGCUGAGGCCUUGUCUCAGAGGUCCCAGGUGACACUUGAGGAAGCCGACAGACGUGGGCUGGAGGAACGUUGAGCUCGGCCUGUCAGACAUUAAAGGGAGCACUGGGCUCCUCGAGAAGAAUCAUCGCGUGUGAGUCAACUUCCUGUAUUGCAGGGGUUGAACUGAUGUUCUGCCUGUUUUUGGGGCCUUCAGAGACCCCAUGGGAGAUGAUGACACAAUAGUUAAUCAGCUCUCGGAUUAAGAAACACCUGCUUCUUUAGAUAUCAGCCCCAUAAAGCAGCCUCAGGGUCUUUACUUUCGCUCUGCUGUUACCCCAAAGUUCAACCAAAGAAAAUAUCCUCCGUAAAACGAAGGCGUUCAGGACUAUCCCCCGGCGGGAUUUCAACUCAUAUGAAAAGACAGCUUGACAUUUUCAGGAGAAACUGUCCAGUGAAACUUUAAAUGAGAGUGAGACAGGAAGAUGAUGUAGCUGAGGCCAUUUGUUGAACUUUUAGUGACACAGCAGCACACCUGUCCUGGUUGCUCAAAGUGUCAGAUGCUGUGAAAGAGGAUCAGCGCCUCUCAGGGGGGAGAAAGAGGGGUGAAAGCAGAUCAGCAUGACAGCUAGUUUAGUGUUAUCAGGAGGUCACCGGAAGGGUUAAAUGUGAGACAACAGCGCUGCUGCUACCAUCCUGGGGUUACAGAAGCUUUGCUCUGCAUGAGAUCACAACGCCAUUUUUAAGGAAUCUAGUUUUAUUUCAUUAAAUUUGUAAAAGUAACAAACUAAUCGAUGACUUACUGAGUGUAAAAGCUGAAGUUCUGUGAGUUUUAAGUCAGUGGAUUAUGUUUAGGCCCGAUUACCAAACAUGGCGUGUGUAGAGAACGCCAAAUACGAUCCCUCUGAGAUAGGACUUUAGUCACGUCAGUUUCGAUCAACCUGUUACUCAGCAUCAUUUACAACACGCCUCUUUUUUUUUUAACACCCUCACAUACUAUUGUAAAAAAAAUCCUGAUGCUGUUCUCAUGUGCUCCUAUUUCAACUUUCCAAUCUACACCCUCAUGAGUGCACUCCACCCAUUUGCUCUCUCGUGUCACUCCUGUCUCUCUUGUGCAUCUAAUGAAGCACGCGCGCACACACACACACACACACACACACACGCUUGCACACACACACACAAUUAAAGAGCUCAUAAAAGGUCGAGUGCAGCAGGCUGCAGCUGGAGGAGGCUCCUUUCUCUCCAGAGCAGCUGUUUCCGAUGAGUCAAGUUAUCUGAACACACUUUUUUCCCAGCAGACAGCUAACACUGACGGACUGUGCAGUCAUCAUCUGUCACUCCACACAGGGCUGUUGGGGGUGAGACGAGAGUGGAAUACUUCUGAAUGUUGGAAAGCCUGACUGUUUGUAUCUUAUCUCACAUCUGGAGAUCUGGUUCAUAUCUUGUUCUGUUUGAACAUGGAUCACAGUUUCAGUGAAAUACUUUGGUUUUCUUAUAUAAAAUGCAUAUCGGCUUUCUGUCGCUUGGUGGUUUUCAGGCUGUUAGAAAAAAAGCCCAAAUAGUUUUACUAGAAGUGAAUUUCAGUGUGACGACUGUAAACCAUAACUGACCAUUUCAAGUUUGCUGGUAACAAUGCAGUGAGUAUUUCUGACUUCAGAAGCCAUGAAGUCUGAUGUGAAAAGAUUAAAAUCCUCUCCAGUAGAAAACCUUCUCUGUGAUGUGAUCAUCGUCUCCCAUCAAUACCAACCAUGUGUGCCAUAAGCUCCUCCACAAGGCAGUCACAGAUUGUGGUGACAACAUCAUUUUGUUGACCACUGAGAUGCUGACCCCGAAGCUGCUGUACAAAUCACCAGUGGCAAAAUACCUACAACAAAUAAAACAAACAAAUGCUCAGCUAAAUAACAAAGACAUGAUUAACUGGGUUGAAGUGAAAGCGCCCUAGCCUUGAUGAUAUUCUACAUGACAAUAUGUAACAUGACAACAUAAUCAAACAAAUCUGAUGAUACAUAAGUCUGUGACUGCAGGCUGAGUCUUAUCUAUAACUGUAGAUUUAAUUAUUGUGUGAAUCUGCCACUUGAUGUUUUGCUGAACUUGAAACCCAGAAUAUUUCCCUAUGGUGGAUGAAGCAAUACAAAUGUCCUUUUGAAAUUCAGGAAAAGGCAGACAGAUGAGCAGAUUAAUGAGGUGAAUUUAUUAAUGAAAAGUAGGUGAUGUUGACGCAAAUGAUGUUACUCACGCUUGGUGUGAACGCCCCUCAAGAGGAAGCUCAGAGGUGAUCUGGCUUUUUGUGUAGUGACUCGAAAGAUGUGGAACGAGCUGCGGUUCAAUAUUAGCGAGGCCUCCUCUGUUCCUGUUUUCAAAUCUCUUUUAAAAACACAUCUUUUUACCACGGUCUUUAACACCGUAUGAGUCGUUGCACUGUUUUAAAGAGAUUUUAGUCCAUGUUUUAUCAUAUUCUUCUGUCUUCUUCUGUUUUCUUGUUAUGUUAUAUUUUUGCUUUUAUUCCUCUGUUGUACUUUUUGCAUCGGCUGCAUGAUCACAGACAACAUCUCGGUACAACUUAGGUAAUAACCUCCAUAAAAACUGUUGUUUGGGACUGCGCGCAACAUGCUUGCUCGUGUGUCCCACCACCGUAAUAACUGUUGUUCUAGUCUACAUGCAACAUUUUUGUUCUCAUUCAAGAAACACUUUAAUCUGGGGCAUUUCCAGGGACAGCUUUAGCAUCCGAUACGUGGACUGUCCCCGGAAAUCAGGACGUCUGGUCACCUUAUGUUAAAACAUUACGAAAGAAAAACUCACUUUAUGUUAGAUCAUUUCAAACUCUAUAGCUGAAAAAAAAACAGCUUCAUUGGUUUCCAGAAACGUUGAGCUUGUGCAGGUCCAUUGUAAAUAUUCUUCACAACAAGAGAAAAGCACUGAGGGACCCGUUCUUUUGCAGGUUCUCAGCUCAAUUUCCUUCCACAGCCUCUGCACACCUUUUAGAGAUGUUAAACAUCCAACGCCAUUUUUCAUACCGCUUUUCAGUCACGUCUUAAUCUGUGCUAUAAUCUUCAAAACUCAUUCAGUCCAACACACUUCAUCAGCACUUGAAGCACCUCAACAGGAAUUUAAAGGCAUUCCUUUAGGUUGAUGCAUGGGGGCAAGAGGUUGGGGGGUUAAAGUAUUUACGGUUCCAAACUGUGAAGCGCCGCUGGUGCGGGGAGAGAGAGUGCGGCGGGGUCGUGUUGCUGGUUGGCCACGCGUGGUAAAACACCAUGGUGUCCCGCUUUAUGAGCUGAACCAGGUUCCACAUGGGUCAAUGUUGUUGGUGCAGCUGAGCUGGGGGCCAGGGGCCGCCAGGGACCCAGUGUGAUGUGUCAAGGGGUUGUGUUUGUAAAAACAGACCCUUUGAUGACACUCUCUCCUUUCCAGCAGCCCCUCCCUCACUCACAAGCACCAGUCAAUCUGGAAGCCAUUUGUUUGCUUUCCACAGGGAAAGUUCAGGCCUGAUCACCUCCAGCAUCUGCUGGGUGUUUAUUUACCCACAGCACCUCAGCUAUCAGACCGAGGGAGACAGGGCAAAUACAGAGCCACAGAUCACACUGACCCACAGAGGACGAGGGCCAGCACUAUUAUCACAUAAUCUGCUAACAUACUGUGUCAGUAUACAUGCAUCUGUGACGAAGGUGCCUUUAGACAAUAAUGCAUCCUAAAAACACUGUCAGACUGAUCACUAAAUGACUCUAAUGAUGGUAAAUGUCCUCUUACUGAAAUAUCUCACAGGAUGAGAUACAAGCUUACAUCAUAUAUAGUUCACAGUGAGGAGAAAACAUAUUCAGAUUCUCUACAGUGAGUAUUUCCUGAAGUACCGGAGUAAAAGUACUCUCUGUUGGUAUUGUUUAUUGCCUACUAUAAUACUGGAUUCAUUUUAUUGAUUUAUUUACCCCCUUUUUUUCUGCAGAACAAGUGCAGACAGGCAGAGCAAGAAUCAAAGAGACAUCGGUCCCUCAUUAAUCCUCUUUCAUAGAAGAGCAGGUUGACCAUGGGUGGUGAGCUGCUUCAUGUUUUCAUUUAGAGUUGUACUCUCCUGUCUGCCAAACAACAUGAUACCUCGGUCUUACAUCGCCCAGGCAGCACAAGUCAAAAUCUGAGGUAAUCCAGGGUGUGUCUUUUAGAAAGUGAUCGGAGGGAGGAGCAGUUGAACCUUUUAGAGAUGUUUUCUUUUUGACUUAAAAAUAUAUAUAUAAGAAACCAUAGUCCAAUUUUUUUGGCUUCAUUCACCUCAUGAGCAGGUAAUGUAAAUCUAUACAUGUUACUGUGGAGGACUGAUCACAAUUUCCAAAAGUAGCUCCCAGCAGUUUGCUGUCAUAUUGAUUAUGCAUAAGUGCCAACCUAACAGCUCUUAUGUAAAAACAAAUAAACCGAGGCAGAGAUGCUGCACAUGGGACCCAUUCAGCUCUUAAAAAGUUUGAGGAAGAAGAGUUUAUUAGUUUUCUUCCAAUUGAAGGGGAGCGUUCCAAUAUGAAGCAUAUAAAGGAGGGGGCAUUUUUAUUAAGGAAACUUCCUGUUUACAAGCGGCCUGUUAUUGGUGCCAUGCAUUAAAUAACUUUUAUCUCUAACAAAUACUAAUUAAGAUGUUUUCUUUCUUUCUGUCUCUCUCUCUUUUUGUUUGCUUGUUUCUCUUUUUUAGGAUUUCUCUCAGCACCAGCAAAAUCAUUGGUUAUUCCCCUUGUUGGUAAUUAAGCGGUCAGCAGUUUGUUUUGAUGUUUAAACGUGUUUUAGUGGUUUUAUUUCACUCUGAUUGUAGGGACCAUAACAGGGCCGGUCUUGGUGUCACUUCUGUCACUGCCUUAGUCCCUCAUUUACAAAAGUUCGUUUCAAACCUGAACUUGAGUGGGAUAUAACAUGCUUAGCCGUGAAAGUGACAGCUACUAAACCUCUCCACGCUUUAGUCUUGUGAUACCAUGGUUAGUUCUAAUUAAAAUGUAUUAGUUUGUGUAAGGAUGCCUAACCCAUGUUCACGCUAUAAAAAAUGGAAGGUCCACACGAAUGAUCAUUUUGACGAACAAAGAACAACAUAUUUUAAGGAGCUUUAGGUGAAUAUUUGGAGGGUCCAUAGAAGGAAAUACCAUGACAGAACAUAUUUAGGGGACAAAGGUACAAGGUGAUGUGAUGGGUAGAUGGGUACGAGGUCCUUGUUGAGGAUGGUUGUCAAACACUGAAGUAUCUGAGGUAUUUGAGUGACACAGCUCCACCACUCUAAAGGCUGACAUGACUGGCUAAAGAAACUCAUCCUAACAGUUUUCUACUGUCACAAAAUCAACUAUUCACACUCCAACGCACUCAAAGAUGCAUGUCCUAAGUCAUUAUUGUCUUUGAUCAGAAGCUGUCUUUGAAGGAAAUGAACCUAUCCCCUCUGAGCUCAUAAAAACUCGGUUUGGUGAGGGCCAUUAAAGUGUCCACAAUGAUCCAAACUUUUAAGACCAACACAUUUGGGAGGCUGACAGCUCGUGUUUGUGUCCACCCCUCCCCUCGUUGCUACAGUAGCUGCUAUAAGAGUCCUCCCUGCCUUGAGGACCGUCACUCUGACUGGACCAGUCUGUGGACAAGAGUCUCAGCAGACGAGGGGACUUCUGCUGGCUGAAGCUUGGAGUUACAGUGACUUUAACGCGCAUGCAGCUGUUUUCUAUCAGGCUAAAAAAGGGACUGGUUUUCUCCUGUGAUGAUGGCUUUCACUAUGCUGAGGCCGGUGUCCAUGCAUCCCUUCUCCUACUCUGCGGACCUGAACGUUUCGGACGACGAGGAGGGGAACCGCAGCGAGAGCGACGGCAGCACCGACCAGGGCUACGGCUGCUGCGGGACUCCGGGGGAGGGUUACCGGCAGGGGUCCGGUGGAGUAGUGGUGAGGCAGCGGAACGCAGCAAACGCCCGGGAGAGAUACCGGACCCAGAACGUCAACACGGCCUUCACGGCGCUGCGGACACUCAUCCCCACGGAGCCGGUGGACAGAAAACUCUCUAAGAUCGAGACGCUGCGCCUCGCAUCCAGCUACAUCUCACACUUGGCCAACGUGCUUGUGGUCGGAGACGGAGGGGAGGAUGGCCCGCCGUGCGUCGCUGCAGUCUACAAGGAGGUGAAGGGACGAGGAGAAGGCAAACAGCCCCGGACUAUCUGCACUUUCUGCCUCAGCAACCAGCGGAAAGGGGUAAAAAAAAUACAAUUUAAACGCCCGAUAUCGUUUCCAGAAUUUCUACAUUCCUCCCCACUGAGCAACAGACGGUUAUCAGACGUCUAGUUUUUUUUUUCGACCUUAUUUCAACCGUCGAGACGCAAUUUAGACGUUUCACUUUAACCCAUUAUUCAAUAACUAUUUAUUUCAAAAAGCAGCUGUAAGUAGCAGAACUGAUCUCUAAGUACUUAGCCAAAAUAAUUAUGAUAGCCGUUGAGAAAUAUUGGUCUAAAAGAGGACUAAUAGACGUCUAAAUGUAGUCUAAAAUCAGGCUACCACAGGUCCAAAAAUUAAAGUUUUAAGAUGUCUAAAUUUAGACUGAGUUCAGACAGCUAACAGAGGUCUACCAGUAUUUUGCUCAACGGCUAUCAUAAUUAUUUUGCUUUUUGAAAUAAAUACUUAUCGAAUAGCGGGUUAAUAUAUACAGAAUCUAGACGGUUGAAAUUGGGUCUAAAAAAUAACUAGAUGUCUAACAGCCAUCUAUUGCUCAGUGGGCAGUUAGACCUCUGUUAGCUGGCUAGUCUAAAUUUGGUCUAAAUUUAGACUAGACCAGUCGUCUAGGCUACAUUUAGAUGUCUAUUCAGUGGGUCCCCAACCCAGCAGCAGCAUGGUGGCUGUCUGGCAUAAGUCUGGUCCUGCUCAAGGUUUCUGCCUGUUAAAAGGAAGUUUUUCCUUGCCACUGUUAAUCAUGUUAGAUAAGAUGAGCCAAAACCCAUCUUAGGUUGGUUCUAAUUAAUCAAACAAUGAGCGUGGUCUAGACCUGCUCUUCCCUCUGAGCAUUUUUUGGUCUAAAAGAGGUCUAAUAGACGUCUAAAUGUAACCUAGACAACCGGUCUAAAAUCCAAGUAAAAUCCAAAAGUUUGGACCAAGUCUAAAUCUGGGCUAUAUCUGUACUACACUGUAUUUUGCUCAACGACUAUCAUUAUUAUUUUGGUGAAGUACUUGGAGAUCAGUUAUCCAACUCACAGUUGCUUUUUGAUAUAAAUACUUAUCCACUAAUGGGUUCAAGUGCAACGUCUAAAUUCUGUCAAAAAAUAUACAGCAUCUGGACGGUUGAAAUUAGGUCUAAAAAAUAAUUAGACGUCUAAUAGCUGUCUAUUGCUCAGUGGGUUGUUCUUUGAAAAGUGUCUUGGGAUGACGACUGUUGUGAAUUGGCGCUAUAUAAAUAAAAUAUGAUUGAUUAAUUGAUGUCACACAAAACUCCAAUCCGAAAUUAUAGGCGCCAAUUUCACAUCAGGGAAAAUAUGAAACAUCAUCAUUUGUAUGUUUUGGAAGUGCUCAUCCAAGACUACUUCAGCAGGCAUAACUGGCAAAGCUGUUUCAAGUAGCCCACGGUCAACUCUGAUUGGUGUGUGCAUCAUUAAGGGUGUGAACCAUUUAGCUUUCCAUUUAUCCACUACCCUAAAAAAAAAAAAAAAACUAAAAAAUCUCAGUAACUGAUUCAUGUAUGUGUUCUGCAUUGAGGUUCUUCUGUUCACAGCAGGAUUCAGCUGCCUGGUAGCUGUGAUUUUGCUCUCAGCCUGUAACUGAAGUUUUUUUUCCUUAGCAGGAUUUUAAUCUUUAUUUCUAUUCUAUCCUCAGCAUUUUGGGCAUUUCUCGAUCAUUAACAGCCUCUUUAUGUGAGAGAAAACAGUGAAUGUAGGAUGAUUUGCUAGACUUUUUCUGCGGGUCAAGUAUUUGAGCUGAAAUGAAUCUGUUCUGCUUAAACUGAAGGUCACGCGACACAACAGGGUCAACAAACUGCACGGAUCUUAGUCUAUGCUGAAGUUCAAGUCUCUGAGUGGGGAUUUAGUUUAUUUAUAGAUGCCAUAUCAUUGAGUGCAUGCAUGGAGAUAUCCUUUAAAGGAAAACAGUGUUUUCGUCUGUGCUGGUAAACUGUGUUCCUGCACUACGUCUGUAUUUCUAGUCAAUUGUAUCAUGCAAACCUAUGUUUAAUAUGUUUCCUAUAGGUUUGUGGUAACAGUGACUUCUCUCUUUGUUCACAGGGGCAGCACAGUUCACACGACAGAAAAGCCUGUGCCAAAAUGCACGGCAGACAAAUAAGCCGGUGAUGAAACCGUGGAGUCGAGUGGGAUCGAUUUCUCAAAGAGGCCUUCACUGACCAUACCUUGAAAUCUAGAAGCAUCUCUGCUCCUCCAGACACUUUGCCAUUUGCCCGGAUGUUCUUGGGAGUCUGGCUCUUCAGUGACAUUACUCUUAAAUACACAACAGAGCUCUCUGUGUGUCCCUGGCACAUGGAAGAACACGGUCCAGCCUUCUUCAAGUUCAGGGGUAGAAAAAUAUCAACAUAUUCUUAUUUGUACUUAAUGAUAAUUAUGGACAAAAAUUCAGCAGAUCUGCUCCAAAUAAUGUGUCUUAAAGUGCUGUUGGUGAAAUGAUUUGGCCUGUUCUGCGUGAUGAGAAUGAUCCUCAAGUUUCUACUAUUGAAAACUUCUAUAAAUACAAAAUGUUUUUCUUUGUCUUCAAACCUGCAGCGGGGAGAGCACACCUCCUGUUUUGUGUGCAUACAUGAAAAGCCAAGGUAGGAGGAGCAGCAGCAAAGACCCAAAGUGUGCAGAACAGAGCAUGUGUCUGUGACUGCACAUAUGAAACUAGUCAGGUCAGUCACAGGCUGAGGAAGCAGCGUAAAGCCCAAAACAUACAGGAUCCGUAUUGAGCGCGUGCUAACAACAGGUUGUUCUUUCUUUCUGUGGUCUUCUUCCUGCUAAUUUGGAUAUAAUUCAGUGACCGAUGAGCCUCUACUAUAUUUGAAAAAGCAACAUGAUUUUACAGUUUCGGUUUUUGCAGGUUUACUCGUGUUUAAUAAAGUAAACUAUGUUCCUUUAUGCUGUGCUGUUACCUUCAGACGGAGUUAGCAGUUCAAAGUCCUGCUGGGAUUGACCAUCGGAAUGUUCUGUGUUACUGAUAAAUCCAGAACCAGGAAGUAUUUCUCAUCUACACAAGCUGAUACACAGUCGGGAAUCCACAUAUGGUGUUUUAUUUUGAAAUACCAGAUGACAUGCGCGGUUUUCGUGCUUGUGUAGAUUGACGUGUUGGAAGCGUAGAGCAGAAAAAAUAGACUUGGGGCGUUUCUUCAACAAAGCGGCGCUCGAUGCGACGGAGCUGAUAUGCGUCCUGUAUGUGAUGCUGCAUUGAUUAGAAUGGGAACCUAUUAGCUGUGUAACAUGCAGAGCUGACGAUACGCGCUCAAUGCAGACCCUGUAUGUUUUAGCCCUAAGUCUACAUGCUAAAGCGCAUUAAACUAAAGGCUAAUUUUGUUGUGCAGGGGACUCAGCUGUCAGCUGAUGGGGCUGGCAUUAGGGUCAGAUGUUGACUGCGGGCUUAGCUUGACUUUCUUGGCCUGCCUGAACUAACACUAUCUUCAAAUUGACAAGUAAACUGGUGUUAAUUUUAUAAACACACACUAUAUUCCAUUUCUACCAAGUCUGUUUUUUCUGCCAAUUGCUCCACUGAAAUGUUAAAGUUUGUAAAGACAUUUGCAGCUCUGUAACCACUCUGAGUAAGAAACUGAUGAGCAAAACUCCCUCAAAGUCUGUAUUCUUCUGUAACGCCACAAUGUUGGAGGUCUUUAUUUCAAGAAACGUCAGUUGUUGCUUCAUAGGUUUCAAACAAUGUUCAUUGUGCCGUGCACCCGCUGAGGAGAGGCCUUCCUAUUGAACUUCUGGAGCUGUUGGUGAAAAACCGGAAGAUUUUGACCACGAGCCUAAACGACUACAGUGACUGAUGUGAACAAACAACAGAACUGAAACCACCGAAGAGAAGAAACAGGAGCUGGUUUUGCUGAACUAAUUUUGAUCAUGUCAGAGAAGUUACAGGAGUAUCAUGAGAGAAGACUGAGGAGACUGAGCACCCUGUUCACAGAAAGCUGGUGUGUGUGUGUGUGUGUGUGUGUGUGUGUGUAGCAGGAAGUAUCUGAAAGACACCACGCUGUUUCCUUGUUCCUUUACAUGUUGUAAUCUACUUUGAAAAUACAUUUAUUUUUACAGACAUGUCUCUGUGACUUGAUUGUUGUUUUUUCUUUAAUGCCAUGUCAAAAGGCUUUGGGGUCACAGUGAAACAGUUCAGAGUCUGAAAGACCUUUAUAUCGGAGUGAAAAACACAUCAUAACAUAAACAUAAACACUGGCUCUUUCAAAGCCGCCAUCUUUAAAGUGACAAUUUUGCUUGUUUCUGAACUCUAACAUCAGCUGUGCUUGAUUGUAAGAUAAUGGGCUGUCGGACAUGUUCCUAACAUGAAUAUUUGUAUUUGUAUUUAUUUAUUUAGCACAGAUUAAAAACAGUGCAAGGAGGGAAUGAAGCUGAUAGGCUUAUAGAGAAAGCAUAAGGUGCAGACAACUAAGUAACUCGGACAUAGACGGGUUACACAUAUACAAUGAUGAGGGAAAGGUCAAACAGAUACAAAUUGCCAUAAAUGGAACACAAACUAAUCAUCAAACAGUGAUAAAGACAAUAUAAGUAUUCAUAAAAAGGAACGAAACACGAUCAUAACAAAUAAUGAUGUAUUUAAGACAUGAUUAGUUGAGAUUUUAAUAUUUUAAAGGAGUUAAGGGAUGAUAUUGAUUUUAGAGAUGCAUCCAGACUAUUCCAGUUUCGGACCUCUAAAAGUGAUGCUAGACUGAUGACUAGAAGUUCGACAUGAAGGUAACUGAAGAUGGCCAUUUUUGUCUUGUUGAGUACGAGUGAAGGUCGGAUGAAAAGGUAAAAAAGUUUCGGAAAGUUUCAGGAAGGGCUUGUUUGUUAUUGUUAUUUGUGGACAAACAAACAAGAGUGAAAGACAUUGAGUUUGUAAAUCGGUAAGAUGGAAUAUUUAGAAAAGAGAGGUGCUGAAGGUUCGUGUUUGCUGGAUCGUGAUAUUCAUUAGAAUCUUUUCUGGAUUAUUAAUAUUUUCUUGAGGUAAGUUGAUGCGUUGCACAUCAUACAAUAUUACAAUAGUUCAUGUAUGGAAAUAGAAAGCUGUAAUACAAAGACAAAUGAGCAGAGGGAUUGAUCAGGGGACAGACCUUAUUAAUCAUACCGAGGCUCUUCAUUGACCUUUUGCAAACUUGGCUGAUAUGAAUGUUCCACUUUAGACCCUCAUCAACGACAACAACACCCAAAAACGUGGUGUGGGGUACUUGAGAGAUUUCAGUACCAUUAAUUGAUAUUUUGGCUUCAUCUUUUGGAUAAGAUUUGUUUUUGUUGCCAAAGAUCAUGACGUUACAUUUUUUUAUAUUAAGAGUUAGCUUAUUAGUCAGGAACCAGUUAGCAACAGAAGACAAUUCAUCAUUCACACGAGCAAUGAGAGUCUCAAAUAUGUCACUUACAUCGAUCACAUUUACCCUUCCUCUCCUGAUUCUGCACUGUUGUCUUGGUGGCUGCGUAUGUAUUGGGGACAUAAGCAACAGUAAAGCUAAAGGCAACUCCUUAGACCUACAACCAGUCAGAUUAAUGCAACAUGUGCCACAGCAGCAAAGGGGUUAACUGACCGCAGCAUGUCAGAGUCAGAGUUAGAAGCUACAUUAAUUUACUGAAGAAAAAACUGUUAUUUCAGUCAUGCAGAUAGUUUUCUAAUGAAUUUUUCCAUUGUUGCUUCUCUGUCAGCUUCCUCAGCCCAAAACUGCUCCAAAGAAGAAAAUUAUGUUGAGUUUUCAGAGAUUUGGGAUAAAGCAGAAUCUCAGUUAUCUCAAAACCUGGACACAGAAAAUGAUGACUGCCGACUUCAGGGCAUGUGUGACAAUAAAGUGUGUUUAACCGUUAGAUUCCAGACACUUGUGGCUGCAGAAAGGAGAGGAAAUGUACCUCCUGUUUGAACCACGACACAAAGAGUCCCUGUGGGUUUAGGUCAGCUGAAGCCCAAACAAUAAACUCUUAACACUUGCUGCGAUCUUCUGCAAACAGAGGACAAAUAUACGGGGAAUUCCUGUAAAACUUUACCUUCUACGUCUGAAUAUUGGCAAGGAAUCUCAACAGAGGAAGCAAUCAAUCUCUUCCUCUGCAGGCUCCUUCUGAAACCUCUGUGUCCCAGCAGUGUGAGCACAGAGAGCCCUGUGAGGGUGGUAUAGGUGCACAGUGCCAGCUAGGAAGACAUGAAUCAGAGUCCACUCUGGGAAAAGGUAAAAGCAAAACAGGAAAGACACAAAUUAGGGUUGUUGGAUCUAUUGUGCUGAGUGAUGAUUACUCAUGGGGAACAUCAGGGAGUGGAGCACAUUACUGGAUCUGAGCCAACAAGAUCAACCGUAGAGACGGAGGGAGAGACUAGAUUUAAAGUUCGGUCACAGAGCUGAAAAAACCCCUUCUAGCUCAGGAUCUAAUCAGCGUUUUCCUGAAUGCAACUGAAACUGGAGGACUUUGUUUCCAGCCCUCUCCAUAAGUCACUCAGUAUUGAAAGGUUUUGGAUGUCUGGAGCAGCGGUCCUGGAAAAUACUGGAAUCUGAGGACUGAUCUUUGGCACGGCUCAGCUCUGACAGUAAAUCUCCAGGGUAAGGAUCCACAUGUGGUGCUGAUCAGUCACAGCUAAUAUCACCUAGCACCCUGUGUCCAGACAAACACAGCUGCUGAUGAAUUAAUAUUGUAGAUCACACUGAGAUCUGUGUGAGUCAGUGUAUAGGAGAUGUAAAGAAACCCGGAUUUCCCUGAAAUGGGUGAACCAUCCAGAAGGAUGAACCUCAUUCUGGUUUUUAGAACGUUCAGGGCCAGGAUUGAACAAACACAAAGUAACCAAAGUCAUUCAUGUUCCUGUACACAUGAGCAAUACGCUGGUUGCU